UUUGCACAAAAAGAGCUCUGUUGCUAUUACAUUCAGAUGUUAAGGAGUCGCCUGUCUUUGUUUAUUGGCUUAUAGAGCUUGAUUACUGUCAGUGUGGAAUCAAGAAGUGGUGUUGCCUUCUAAAUGGCAAACCAGUUUUCCCUGAAUGAUGACCCAGGAGUGUCUAAUGUACAGACGAUUGCUUCGAGUACAGUGUAAAUUGUUUUGUUCUCUCUGACUAUACAAGGAGUGGUUUGUGUGACAACCUGUUGUUCCACAAGCACCAGUGCAAACAGAUGAUCCCACACUUCAUUGAUUUAAUUGCAGACUGCUCUCUAGAUACAGCAUUGUUCACAUAAAUGUUGAUAUGAAUUACAGUUUUAGUUGCAUCAGUCAUUGUCAGAGAGUAUACGGGUUUUUUCCAGAGCUGUAGACACAACACAGCUGAAAUGUCAGUGGUGCUGGCUGAAAGAUAGCUGCUGUGAGACUGGGUUGGCAAAAUCAUGCUUAACACAGGAUGUUUUUUUAUGAUAUUUCAAUGCAUUUUACACCAGUAGGUUUUAUUAAAAUUGUAAUUAUUUGAUUUUGUGAAAAUAUAAAUACAUACACCAUGCAUUCUGUAGAAAAACGUUUAACUUUACAUUUGAAGGUUAUUAUGCUCAAAUUUUAUCACGCUUAUAUGCUGAAAAUCCAAACCGGAACUACGAUUUUGUCAUUUCCGGCAAAAUACGGAAGUUCAAGUUACUCUUGCAUACAUUCAACCUGACGUGUGUUGCUUCAAUUAUUUCUUCUUUAAUGCUUCACAAUUCACACCGGCUGUUCGUCCCGCUUUGCAGCCAUGAACCGGACCCAAAUAAAGCGGUCCAACAUUUUGAAAAUGGCUCUGACCGGAUCGGACACGCCGGGUCGGGACCACGAAGAGACCUUCCUGCUGAGAGCCGCGAGGAUCGCGGGUGUCGUCGCUCUGUACUGGUUCGUCUCCAUCACCAUGGUGUUCCUCAACAACUCCCUGCUGGACAACAAGGAGCUGGACGCCCCGCUGUUCAUCACCUUCUUCCAGUGCGCGGUCAGCUCCGUGCUGUGCGCGCUCAUGCAGCUGCUGUCCAAGACGUGCCCGGGACUCAUCGACUUCCCCCCGGUGGGGUUCAGCGUGAAGACGUCCCGGGAGGUGCUGCCGCUGUCCGUGGUCUUCAUCUGCAUGAUCACCUUCAAUAACCUGUGUCUGAAGCACGUCGGCGUGGCUUUCUACACCAUCGGACGCUCCCUCAGCACCGUCUUCAACGUUUUGUUUUCCUACUUCAUCCUGAAGAAGACCACGUCUGUGAGAGCCCUGUUCUGCUGCGGGAUCAUACUGGGUGGAUUCUGGCUUGGUAUCGACCAGGAGGGUUUGACGGGGACCCUCUCCUGGUCUGGGGUCUUCUUUGGGGUGCUUGCCAGCGCCUGCGUCUCUCUCAAUGCCAUCUACACCAAGAAGGUGAUGCCCGCGGUGGACGGAAACAUCUGGAAGCUGUCCUACUACAACAACAUCAACGCGUGCGUGCUGUUCGUCCCGCUCGUCCUGCUGUUCGGGGAGCUGGGCCGCGUGGUCAGCUUCAGCCGCCUCACCGACCUCCGCUUCUGGAGCAUGAUGACGGUGGGCGGGGUGUUCGGCUUCGCCAUCGGCUACGUCACGGGCCUCCAGAUCAAGUUCACCAGCCCGCUCACGCACAACGUGUCCGGGACCGCCAAGGCCUGCGCGCAGACCGUCAUCGCCGUGGUGUACAACUCGUCCAGCAAGAGCGUGCUGUGGUGGACCAGCAACAUGAUGGUUCUCUGCGGCUCGUCGGCCUAUACCUGGGUCAAAAGUCUCGAAAUGCAAAGGACUCCCACAAAAGUCCCCCAAGACUCCGCCAGGGAGAAACUGUUGGCCGGGGAGAAAGGCGACCCGGGGGUGUAGAUGAGGAAGCUUUACUUUUAAUGAGUGCGGUCCAGAAUGUUAAAGUACUGUACCUUUUGAAAUGUGAUAUGUGGCUUUUGGUUGUUGGGACUUUUUAAACAUCUGCCUUUUUAAAUAGAAAACACAGAAUAUCAUGCUUAAAAUGUGAAGACUUAAGAGAAGGUUUUAUUUAUUUCUAUUUUAUUUGCUCACUAGAAACGUUUCAAUCAUCACAAUUUGCCAUUUUAAGCUUACAAAUCAUGAGAUUCAUGUUGGUGGAGGCGUCUCUGGACAGGAACUGGUUAAAGCCACGUCUCCAGAACAGCAGCAGUAUCCUAUAUCUUAUUUAAGACAGGCCAGACGUGGUAAUAAGAAACCUGGUGUACCCUGGACGAGCACACAAUAAGCCUUUUAUCCUCGGACAAACUCUGCCUACAGCACUUUGAAGUACCGCGGAUUUAAAAAGAACAGUUUUGAUAUGUGUUUAUGAAUCCUAUUUUCAAAUAAAAAUGUAAAGAAACAGUCGAGAGU